AUGGAAUCAUUGCAAGGUGCCAACAUGAAUAGCAGUGUUGCAUCCUCGGCAGCAUGUAUCACCUCUUCCACUUCAUCUCCUUCGAUUUUAAUGACAAUCAACAACAACAACAAUCACUCAAGUUCACAACACAUUUCUCGAUGCCACUCCUCACACCAAUAUUCUACAACUACUACGACCUCUGCAACCACUACGACCUCUUCACAUCAAAACCACAGUAGUAGUAGGUCUUUCAAACAAUUCUUUUCAAAACUUGCCAACAUGGUCAAGCCCAAUCCAGCGAAAAAGAAGAAGAAGAAGAAAAAAGAAAAUUCAACGACUUCCUCUUCUUCGGGUUGUUCUUCUCCAUCGUCGUCUUCGUUUGAAACACUGAAACAUGUUUCUUCACCGACGCACGGAGUAGCAAUUUCAAAUCUUCCAAGCAUGAAUGAUGAAUGUUUCAUGAGUAUGGCUUCUUCUUCAUAUCAUCAUCAUCCUCCUUCUCAACAACAAAUUUCCAAUUUCCCUUCUCACCCUACUCAUCAUCAACCCUCACAACAGCCUUUCAUGUUUUCUUCCGUUAUUGCAAAAACAAGAGAUUCACGAACACGAGCAAAGAACACCUCGAGUACCUCAUUGCCAGAUAAUUGUUGUACAACGACCACAACAACACUCGGAGGUAUCUCGUGUAGCAAUCACUCUCCCUUGACUAACAUGACCACAGCAACGGCCUUAUCAACCUCUCCGAGAAUGAUAGGGCACACUCAUACAAAGAAUCAUUCCUCAUCGACCAUCUUGUUCAAUGAGGAACAAGUGAGUAGUGAUUUGGAUUUGGAUUGGGAUGAUGUCGUGGAGGAUUUGGAAAAGUUCAGUUCCUUCACCAUGACGAUGGAUGAUAAGGAAAAUGUUGUUUUGGAUCAUCGACAUCAGCAAACGGAACUGAACGAAGAAGAAAGACAACCACACUCUUCAGUGCAGCAGAAUAAGCAUUCUAAAAGAAGACACACGACACAUUUCUCUAGCAAGUCUUAUCAUCAUUCUGCAUUUUCGAGUCAACCCUCACUCGCCAACAAAUUACCAAACAAUUGUUCAAGGUCAAAGCGAGAGAGUUCCAAAUCUGAAAAUCGAAUCAAAGACCAAGAUGAUUUGGAUACCAUGGUGGAUUUAAUGUGGAUUACGGAUGGUCCAACCACGACAAGUACAACCAUGGAAACUGUAAAUAGAAAGAAGAACCCUUCUCUGUUAAGUGUUGUUGAUUCUUGUGAUAUCUCUGUAGAUACGAACAAGAAUGGAAACAACAGUGCCAGCUUUGUACAUAUCAAGUCCACGAGUGCGAGCAACUUGUACUCAAGUUUGUCAACGCAAGAUUUUGAAGAUUUUUCAUUCUCUCCUGGUUGCAAUUUUCAAACCUCGUCCUCCAUUAUUGCUCUGUAG